AUGAGGCAGAACAAUCAGUCCUUACUGGCCGACUUCAUCCUCGAAGGGCUCUUCGAUGACUCUCUCACCCAUGGCUUUCUUUUCUCCCUGACCAUGGUGGUCUACCUUGUUGCUGUGAGUGGCAACUCCCUGACCAUCCUCCUCAUCUGUGCUGACCCCCGGCUGCACACUCCCAUGUACUUCCUGCUCAGCCAGCUCUCCCUCAUGGACCUCAUGCACGUCACCACCACCAUCCCCAAGAUGGCUACCAACUACCUGUCAGGCAGGAAGUCCAUCACCUUUGUGGGCUGUGCUACCCAGCACUUCCUCUACUUGUCAGUGGGAGGGGCCGAGUGUAUUCUCCUGACUCUCAUGUCUUAUGACCGUUAUGUUGCCAUCUGUCACCCACUGCAUUAUGCUGUUAUCAUGAGCAGGAAGGUGGCUCUGAUGAUGGCUGUCACGUCAUGGUUGAUAUCAGCCACAAAUUCCCUCAUUCACACCAUGAUUUUGAUGCACUUCCCUUUCUGUGGGUCUCGAACAAUCCACCACUUCUAUUGUGAGUUUCCUGCUGUUCUGCAAUUGGUCUGUGGAGACAUCACUGUUUAUGAGAAGACUGCUUACAUCAGCACAGUUCUGCUCCUCCUCUUCCCCAUCCUCUUGGUUUCUACCUCCUAUGGCUUCAUCCUCCACAGUGUCAUUCAGAUGCAAUCUGCUGGGAGUAAGAGAAAUGCUUUUGCCACUUGUAGCUCUCAUCUGACUGUGGUUUCUCUCUGGUUUGGUGCCUGCAUCUUCUCAUAUAUGAGACCCAGGUCCCAGCGGACUCCAUUGCAAGACAAAGUUGGUUCUGUGUUCAAUAGCAUUAUCACUCCCACUCUGAAUCCUCUGAUUUAUACCCUCCGCAAUAAGGAUGUAGCCAAGGCUCUAAGAAAAGUGUUGGGGAGAGAUGCUAUUGCACUGUAG